CCCACACACGGGAUGGCGCAAUAUUGCCAAGAUGUCGAGGGGCUCUCCGUCGUCUCCCGUCGACGCGUUUUUGAUUUGACCUUGUGCUUCCAAGAGGGGAUUCUGCUUUCUGGUCUUUUAGCAGUCCUGCUUAUCGCGAGUGUGCUUGCCUCCCUCUCCUUAUGCCUUCUCGACCCAGCCAAGCGCUCCGUCAAGAGUAGAGUACUCCUUGGCGCCAAACUGACCCUUCUACUUAUCGCGUUCGGUUCAAGUCUUUCCAACCUUAUUUUCGUGUUGAGAAGUCAUCAACAUGUCGCCAUCCUACAAUGGUACAUCCUCGAGCCCCUGGCCUUUUUCAGUGCUUUGGUCUUCACAUUUUACCAUCAUACGCGUGUCAGAAUGAGCUCGACGACGCUUCUGCUGUUUUGGCCGCUAUAUGCUUGCGCUUUGGGAAUUUGGGUCCGCUCUGUCCUGCAGGAGAAAGCGGGUGACUACCGUUUCCUGUUGAUUUUGAAAGGCAUCACUGCCUUGUCUGGUUUCGCGUCGUUUCUGCUUGAAUGUGUUGGGCCUGAGGUUGGCUUGCUACGAGAUGAGAAAUCUUUGCAUGAAAGUCCGCUUUUAACAGCCAAUAUUUACAACCGAUGGUUUUUUGGCUGGUUGACGCCUCUUCUUGCGCAAGGCUCCUCGCAUUACAUUACAGAAGACGAUCUUCCUUCUUUGAUUCCUACGGACGAAUCUGAGGUUCUUGGGCAUCGUUUAGAAGCCUACCUUUCAAAGCAAUAUGGCGUCUGGAGCUCGUUGUUUCUGGCAUAUGGGGGACCUUUUGCCGUUGCUGUGGUGUUAAAAACCUUCCAGGACUCGCUGGCUUUCGCUCAACCCCAACUCCUUCGCCUACUUUUGGCUUACAUAUCCCGUUACCAAUCACUUCGGUUCAGUGAGGGAGGUCGACCGAACAUUUUGGAAGGAUUUUCAUACGCAGUGAUAAUGUUUGUGGCCUCAGUCGCCCAAACUGUCCUUCUCAACGCUUACUUCCAACGCACAUUCGAGACUGGCAUGCGCGUUCGUGCAGGACUCGUCACAGCUAUCUUUUCCAAAGCGUUAGUACUCUCGAAUGACGAAAAAAGCCGAAGUACGGGAGACAUCACCAACCUGAUGUCAGUCGAUGCUACCAGGCUACAAGACUUGUGUACCUAUGCCAUCAUCGCCUUUUCUGGGCCAUUUCAGAUAACUUUGGCCUUCAUCUCACUCUAUAACCUCAUAGGAUGGGCAUGUUUUGUUGGAGUGGCUAUCAUGGUUGGAUCCAUGCCGCUUACCACAGCAAUCGCACGAGCAUUGAAACGGAUGCAAGAGCAACAAAUGAAGAACAGAGACGAACGAACACGUCUCAUGAGCGAACUGCUAUCCAACAUCAAAUCCAUCAAGCUCUAUGCAUGGGAGUCGGCCUUUGUAAAGCGCAUUAUGGAAGUUCGUAACGACAGAGAACUGCGCAUGCUCAAAAAAAUAGGUCUGCUCAAUUCAUUCAGCAUGACAUUGUGGUCCGGCAUCCCUCUCCUUGUCGCAUUCUCCUCUCUUGCCACGGCUGCCUGGACGUCUUCCACUCCGCUCACCGCCGAUAUCAUAUUUCCUUGCAUCUCCCUUUUCAUGCUGCUACAGUUCCCCCUCGCAAUGCUAUCCAACGUUCUCAGCUCAAUAAUCGAGUCAAUGGUGUCGGUGAAGCGACUGUCAGACUUUUUUGCAGCAUCAGAGCUUCAGCCGGAUGCCAGGGAACUUGUUCAUAAACCCAAUCUCGAAAUUGGGGAUGAGGUCCUAUCCAUUUCCAAUGCCGAGUUUUGUUGGGACUCCAAGCAAGUUGUACCCACACUCGAAAACAUAGACCUCGUUUCCCGCAAAGGCCAACUAACUGCUGUAAUGGGGCGUGUUGGUGCAGGAAAGACGAGCCUUCUAUCCGCAAUUAUCGGGGACAUGACCCGUAAUGAGGGGAAAGUGAAGCUUUACGGGUCGGUUUCUUAUGCACCACAAAAUCCAUGGAUCAUGUCCGCCACUGUGCGUGAUAACAUAAUCUUCAAUCAUGUCUACGACGAAGAGUUCUACACUCAAGUUAUCGAAGCUUGCGCGCUCAGUCCUGAUCUCGCUCUCCUUCCUCAAGGGGACCUGACCGAGGUUGGAGAAAAGGGUAUCACGCUGAGCGGUGGACAACGAGCACGAAUCAGCCUGGCCAGGGCCGUCUACGCCCGGGCCGACCUCGUUCUUUUAGAUGACGUUCUGGCAGCGGUGGAUUCCCACGUGGCUCGGCAUGUCUUUGACCGCGUGAUUGGUCCGAACGGGCUGCUUGCGUCUCAUGCUCGCAUACUUGUGACGAAUAGCAUCGCAUUUGUCUCACAAUUCCAACAAAUCGUCUUUAUCCGGCGGGGCAUCAUCACUGAAUGCGGUUCCUAUGAAGCAUUGAUGCAGAAUACCGACAGUGAUAUCUGCAAGCUUGUCCGUGGUCAUGGCACUGGGUCCGCAUCUGGCUCCUCAACCCCUUUCAUAAGCAGUGGCAGUGUCACUCCGACUGAGGAUGUAGCCGUUGUGAUAGAAGAUACUUCUUCGGAGCGAGCUGAAGCCAUCUCUGAAAAACUAAUCACUCGUGUCAACUUCCCUCGGGCCGUUUUAGCACCUCCAAAACCUGUGCGGGCGGCUAACUCGGCUGGUCUGAGUACUGAACAUAGAGAGAAGGGCCGCGUCAAAGGCAAAGUUUAUACGGAAUACAUGGCAGCAGCUUCUCGUCUCGGCUUUGCGACCUAUAUCGCAUUCACCACUCUCCAGCAACUAGCUGUCCUGCUGAGUAAUCUGACAUUGCGGGCAUGGGCAGAGCACAAUUCUGAAAUCGGCAGCAACUAUGGCAUGGGCAAAUAUCUUGCAAUCUACGGUGCAUUCACUCUGGGUUCAACGUUGAUUGGUGGCGCUGCGAGGAUUGUGAUAUGGGUUUACUGCUCUUUACGAAGCUCUGAAAGGUUGCAUCAUUCGAUGCUGUCGGCUCUGAUGAAUGCGCCGUUGAGCUUUUUUGAGCUUACACCCACCGGGCGUACCCUCAACUUGUUCUCGCGUGACCUCUAUGUUGUGGACCAACUACUGGCCCGAUAUAUUGAAAACGUGGUCAGAACAGGGCUCGUUUGCCUUUCUAUAUUGGUGGUUAUUGGUGUCAGCUUCCCACCAUUCCUGAUAUCGGUCAUUCCUCUGGGCUGGUUCUAUAUGAGGGUCAUGAACUAUUAUCUGUCAACCUCUAGAGAACUUAAGCGUUUAGAUGCCGUUUCCAAAAGCCCUAUCUUUGCUUGGUUCUCUGAAUCGCUGGCUGGCGUUUCAACGAUUCGUUCCUUCAACCAGCAAGCCAUCUUCAUCAAAGCCAACCAGAGACAUAUCGACCGGAAUCAGAUCUGCUACCUGCCAAGUAUUUCAGUAAAUCGUUGGCUCUCGAUACGUUUGGAAAUCGUGGGUGCUGUCAUCAUCUUCUUGGUGGCGACACUUGCUAUGGUGGCUUUAAGCACCACAGGUGUUGAUGCAGGGUUGGUAGGUCUCGUAUUAAGCUACGCCAUGAACGCGACAUCGAGUUUGAAUUGGGUGGUCCGAUCUGCUAGCGACGUCGAGCAAAACAUCGUUAGCGUAGAGCGCAUACUGCAUCAAAUUGAGGUUGCUCCAGAGGCGCCACAAUAUAUCCCUGAAACAAAACCGGUCGCAGACUGGCCAUCGGCAGGCAAGAUAGAAUUCCGCAAUUAUUCUACUCGCUAUCGGCCUGAGUUAGACCUCGUUCUCAAGGAUAUUGCCCUGGAGAUUGAACCCAAAGAGAAAGUGGGUAUAUGUGGAAGAACCGGGGCAGGAAAGUCAAGCUUACUAUUGGCGCUGUUUCGUAUCAUCGAGGGCGUUGAGGGCUCAAUAAUCAUCGACGGAGUGGACAUCUCCAAGAUCGGGCUUCAUGACUUACGCUCAUCGAUUUCGAUUGUGCCUCAGACACCUGAUCUGUUUGAAGGCUCUCUUCGGCUCAACAUAGAUCCAAUAGAGAAAUACUCAGACGCAGAAAUUUGGGUAGCUCUUGAGCAAGCGCACCUGAAAGAUUACGUCCAGUCUCUACCUCAGGGACUUGAUGCGCCUGUCCGAGAAGGCGGUCAGUCGCUUUCAUCCGGACAACGGCAAUUACUCUGUUUUGCCCGUGCUCUCUUACGAAAAUCCAAAAUUCUGGUCUUGGAUGAAGCCACAUCCGCCGUAGACCUGGAUACGGACAAGGCCAUCCAAGAAAUCAUCAGGGGACCUGCUUUUGAGGACGUUACAAUCCUCACAAUCGCACAUCGACUGAACACCAUCAUGGGAGGCACUCACAUUCUAGUCAUGUCUGACGGGAAGGUAGCGGAGUUUGAGCCCCCUCAGGCAUUGUUGACCAGACCAUCUUCCAUAUUUUACUCGCUGGCCAAGGAAGCGGGACUUGCAUAG